GUUUUUUUCCAUCUGAAUAAAAUUGAACCACCUCUCCCAAGAUGGAUAAGUUUCGUAUGAUGUUCCAGUUCCUCCAGUCCAACCAGGAGUCUUUUAUGAAUGGGAUCUGCGGUAUCAUGGCACUAGCUAGUGCACAGAUGUACACUUCCUUUGAGUUCAACUGCCCCUGUAUGCCUGAAUACAACUACACUUAUGGGAUCGGACUGCUCACCAUUCCACCUAUCUGGUUCUUUAUGUUGGGUUUUGUAAUGAACAAUAACGUGUCAGUGCUCGCAGAGGAGUGGAAAAGACCCACAGGGAAACGAAAGAAGGACCCAACAAUCCUACGCUACAUGUUCUGUUCAAUCACACAGAGAUCCUUGAUAGCACCUGCAGUAUGGGUGUCAGUCACCCUGAUGGAUGGGAAGAGCUUCCUUUGUGCUUUCAGCAUCAACCUGGACCUUGAAAAGAUUACAGGGAAUUACAGUCUGUUUAGGGGGAUGUCAGAAGCAGAGAGGGUGAGACUGCUGGCACGGAUUCCAUGCAAAGACCUGUUUGACCAACAAGAAAUAAGAGUGGCAGCAUCCCGAUACAUCAAGUGUUUCUCCCAGGCGUGUGGAUGGAUGUUUCUGCUCAUGAUGACCUUGACAGCCUUCCUGAUACGAGCUAUUCGACCAUGUUUCACUCAAGCCGCCUUCCUGAAGACAAAGUACUGGUCUCAUUACAUUGACAUUGAGCGCAAGAUGUUCGACGAUACCUGCAAAGAGCAUGCAAAGAGUUUCGCCAAGGUUUGCAUCCAGCAGUACUUUGAGGGCAUCAGUGGGGAGAUUCGUAGCUUCCACGGUCAUCGCUCAAGCAAGUAUGACAGUGACGAUGAAGACGAGGAUAAGAGGAAGAGUGAUGAAGAAAAGCUCCUGGGUAUCAGGGCUCAGGAUGACAUGAAUAAAGUUUUGUGGAACUGGCACACCUGUAAACCAGCUCUGGCUCUGAGAAAGGACGAGAUAGAUGGUGAAAACAAUGGCAAACUGAAUGGAGUGGCCAAUGGCGCAGCAAAUGGAUUUGUAAAGGGACACACCCCUGAGGUGGAGAAAAGGGAAUGGGCAGUGUAUUACAGUAAGGUCUGAAGAGCUCAAUGGACAAAGAAACGCUCUUCUUUCACUCUCAGGACUCUCAGGAAUCAUUUAAACCCACUUUACAUUAAGACAUUUGUAAUAAGUUCAAAUAUAAUGUUGUCAUUAAGUUAAAUUGUGAUUAAAUGUAAAUGAAUGUCAGCAGUUUGACACAUGAUACAAUACUCACACCUUAUAAACUCAAAAUGCCAUAAUGUUUCUGCUUUAAAUACAGUUAGGUGAAAUUAGAAAAUAACAGGAAAAAUGUGUUGUUUCACUGAGAAACAAAAACAUUUUUUAAAAAAGCAUAAAAAAAACAAGACCAUUAACAUAAGUCUUGGCAAAACAAAUCUAAAGCGUUUAUAUUCUAGGGUUACCAAAGUAGAGCAGCUGUGUCACCCUGUACUCGAUUGUGUUUGUGUUGAUCUUGACUGUUUGACCACCUAUCAUUUUCCAAAUCAAAAGACAGAAAGCUUCCUCAUGAGUCAUUUAGAUAAAGAGGAUAGCUCUAUGCAGUCUAAGCCCCUGCUGCUUAAAGCUUUAAAUUUGAAUGUGUAUCUUUGGAUAAAAGAGACUACGCUUUAGAAAUGCUAAUUUUACUCAAAAAGCCACACUAAACACUCCUGCUUUUAGUUAAUGCACCUGUUUGUUUUGCUGCUACAGCCCUAUUUUAGAUAAUGUCAACAAGUUAUUGGUGUGUAAGUGACAUUGCAGAGUGAGCUUUCUGACUUUGUGACUCCUCUAUCAUGAUGUUAAAUCACAUUUUAGGUCACAGUGGUAUCCUAACUUAACCAUAAAUGACAUUUAAAUGAACAACAUGGUGGACUGCAUUCAAGAAGUUCAUUUUUAUUAGACCAAGAAACAAGAGUGUAUCAGUGUUAUAAGAAUCAAGUUAAUGCCUUUGCUUUUGAAACAUGCAAACAGGAUAUCAUUUCAGAUCAUUAUGCUUUGCAAAAACAUGUCUGGCCUUAAAACUCUGACGUUAGCAGACAACCCUAAAAUGCUACUGAAGUUCCAAUCAGCCAAACUUAUGAUUUGAAGAAAGUAAGGUUGUACCUUCAAAACAAUUUACAUGUCACUCA